CUUGGCAGUAGCUGUGAAAGAGGCCCGAGGACAGAUCAGUUUUCUCCUCUUGAUUAGCGCCGCUCGCGUCCCGCGCUUUCUCUUCUCCAAAGCCGGUCCACGUCGCGGUGCCAUAACAAGCGGAAAAGGCGGUCGUGAAGUUGUUGCGCGCUCGGCUUGAUACAGCGAUGACUUCAAAGCCGGUCCUCUACUCCUAUUUCAGGAGCUCAUGUGCCUACAGAGUUCGCAUCGCCCUGGCAUGGAAAAACGUUGACUACGAGUACAAAGCCGUCAACCUUAUCAAGGAUGGCGGCGAGCAGCACUCUGCAGAAUAUAUGAAGGUGAACCCCAUGGAGCAAGUGCCAGCCCUGGUUCACAAUGGCGAGACAUUCACGCAGUCUCUGGCCAUCAUUGAGUACCUCGAGGAGAAGUUCCCCGAGCCAAGACUGCUACCCAGAGACCCAGCACAACGGGCUAAGGUGCGAGCAAUAGCCGAAAUAAUUGCAUCCGGUAUUCAGCCUCAGCAGAAUCUCAACGUUCUGCUACGACUGGACGAGUCCAAAAGGACUGAGUGGGCCGUCCACUUUAUUACCAAAGGCUUCAAGGCUCUGGAAGCCACUGUUUCCAAGACGGCCGGCAAAUACUGCGUUGGAGACGAAGUGACCAUCGCGGACGCCUGCCUUGUGCCCCAGGUGUACAAUGCGAACCGAUUCAAGAUCGACAUGAGCCAGUUUCCAACGCUGUCCCGAGUCAGCACUGCCCUGGAGAGCCUGCCCGCUUUCAAAGCGGCCCAUCCAUCUUGUCAGCCAGACACGCCUCCGGAAUUGCGAGAAGCGAACUAAAUGAACGGAAAAUAUCCCAAAUUUCAACUGUGCCUUCAAGUGUUGUCUGCCAGCUUUGUCUUGAGUAUUAGCAUUCUUUAUUUUUCUACCUACAGAUGUAAUUUUUUGUCGUUAUGCAACUGUUCUGGGCAUUUUGUGAGUGAUUAAAAGCAUAAAUGUAUAUUUUUCAA